AUGGUACGUGUGAGUAACAAUUUGGUGGGCAUUCUCAAUUUCAUCACACUUUUGCUCUCAAUUCCCAUAAUAGGAGGGGGCAUAUGGCUCUCAAAACAAGCCAACACAGAGUGUGAGCGGUUCCUAGACAAACCCGUAAUCGCUUUAGGAGUGUUUAUACUACUGGUUUCAUUGGCAGGUUUAGUGGGCUCAUGUUGCAGAGUUACAUGGCUUUUAUGGGUCUAUCUCCUUGUCAUGUUCUUGUUAAUUGUGUUGUUAUUUUGCUUCACGAUCUUUGCUUUUGUGGUUACAAACAAAGGGGCCGGAGAGUCCAUAUCUGGUAAAGGUUACAAGGAAUACAGGCUUGGGGAUUACUCCAAUUGGCUGCAGAAAAGGGUCAACAGUGACAAGAAUUGGAACAAGAUUAGGAGUUGUUUACAGGACAGUAAGACCUGCCAGAAGCUACGGGAUGAUGGGUCCUCCAACAAUGUUGAAGAUUUUUACAGGAAACAGCUCUCUUCUCUACAGUCUGGUUGCUGUAAGCCAUCGAAUGACUGCAACUUCCAGUACGUUAGCCCGACCAACUGGACUAGGACCCCUCAAUCAUCGUUAGCGAAUCCAGACUGCACUACGUGGAGCAAUGAUCCUAAUGUUUUGUGCUAUAGCUGCCAAUCUUGCAAGGCCGGGUUGCUGGAUAACAUCAAGAGGGACUGGAAGAGGGUUGCUGUUAUCAACAUCAUAUUCCUCGUCUUUCUCAUAAUCGUCUACUCCAUUGGAUGCUGCGCGUUCAGAAACAAUCGAGAGGACAACUCAUGGAAACGAUACCCUUGA